GUCCAGACAGCAAGCCCUGCAGAACCGCCAGGGCCCUUCCAGAAAUCUCUGCAUCUGUGUGGGCAGCGCCGGCAGCGUUCGGCUCAGAGAGUCCUACUCUGGGCAGGUCCAGGGGCCCCGCAACCCCCUUCGCGGGUACAGGUGAAGCUGUGGCGAGCAGCCACAGAACCCUGGAAAGUGCGGGCCCGAGGGCUUCCUCCUCUGCCCACACCCCACGAGUUUUCAGGGCGGAGUGGCCUCGGACCUUGGCAGCCGGCAGUGUGGUGCGCCAGGCUCAGUCUGGGUGCGUUCAACGUCAUACAGGCGCUGCUCUGCUGGGGUCACAGGACGCCGUUUUUGCUUUCCGGGGACCCACGGGCUGAGAGAGCGAGGCAAAGCCAUCUGCACGCUGCGCUCCUAUAAAUAGCGCUCGGGUGCCCUCUCGGCGCUGUCCCUCCCAGCGGCUGCACUGCGCGCCAAGACACAAAGUUGUACGCAGGGACAGGGGAACCCAGGGCAGUAGGCGCCCUGCACCUUAGAACUGAACCGGAAAUAUCGUGCUUUAGGCGGGGGACUCAGUUGAGCCGCCUACCUGCGUUGUAGUGAAUCUGGGCUUUGGGGAAAUUUUUGACCAAGCGCAAGUGGGAGUCGCUAGCAUUCUGGCCAUGAACACAACCUGGCGUUCUUCUCAUCCCCGGAAACACCUGCUUCUGUAAUUUUUCCUGCGCCAGCCAGAGUACCUCGGACAGGACCGCCACCCACAUCGCUUGGCACCCGCCACCCUGGCGUUUCCUCGUUGAGUUUCCUGUCUUCAGCUCUGUGCUCCAUCGGGAAGUACUUGAGUUUGGGGUGAGCAUUUAUUUUGUUUCUCUGAGGUGUGAUCGAGAGGGUCUGGAGACUUUUUAGAUGUCAAUGGACAAGUGUGACUUCAGGGGCCCCAGGCAAAACUGAUUUUGGGGCGGAGGAGGUUAGGGUGGUGAGUUCUGCAUGAGCUGCUUAAAGGACAAAGGUAACAGAACCAACCAGACAGCUCCAAGGGAGACUUCAGCCCAGAGAAUUGGUGGAAGUGCGCGCGCCGCCGCCGCCGCCGCCGCCGCCUUUCCUGCAGCGCUGUCGAUCUAGCCACUGGCAUCUUCCAGAGCUCCGGGAUCCCGGGGUAGCAGGCGCCGCCCCGGAGCAGAAGCGGCAGGCUGCGGCUUGCGCACGCGGCACACCAUGGGCUCCGCGCGCCGGGCGCUGUCCGUGGUACUGGCUGUUCUGCUGGUUCUCGCGCUGCCUGGGUUGCCUGUCUGGGCACAGAAUGACACCGAACCGAUCGUGCUGGAGGGCAAGUGUCUGGUGGUGUGCGACUCGAAUCCAGCCACAGACUCCAAGGGAUCAUCAUCUUCCCCGUUGGGAAUAUCGGUCAGAGCAGCAAACUCCAAGGUGGCCUUUUCGGCGGUUCGGAGCACCAACCAUGAGCCCUCCGAGAUGAGCAACAAGACACGCAUCAUUUACUUUGAUCAGAUCCUGGUUAACGUGGGCAAUUUUUUCACACUGGAAUCUGUUUUUGUGGCGCCUAGGAAAGGAAUCUACAGUUUCACUUUUCACGUAAUUAAAGUCUACCAGAGCCAAACAAUCCAGGUUAACUUGAUGUUGAAUGGGAAACCAGUCAUAUCUGCUUUUGCUGGGGACAAAGACGUGACUCGAGAAGCCGCCACUAAUGGAGUACUACUGUACCUGGACAAAGAAGAUAAGGUUUACCUAAAACUGGAGAAAGGUAACUUACUCGGCGGCUGGCAGUAUUCCACGUUUUCUGGCUUUCUGGUGUUCCCUCUAUAGAACUUGACUUCUCCGUGAUGCCCGUGAGUGAGGGCACCCAUCCCUGGGUUACCAGAAGAUCACGUUUUACCCUUGGAUUGAUGUCCCUUUUGUUUUGCUCAUGAGUGACUAUGGAUUCUCUUUAAGGAUUCUAGACCCGUCUGGAGAAACAUAAAUGUCACAGAUUAUUUUCAUGUGUGUGCCAGUUUCCUUAUGUGUCAAUCUGGACUCCAAAGCUGGAAAUCCCUAAAUCUGCUUACAGGUUAACAGUCAGAAGUUGUCUCAAGGUUCGUUCUAUUUUGUUUCCUGCUGUUACUGCAUUGGGGUUUUCAGUUCUUUGUUCUUGAAACGCCGGCAAGCUUGUCUGAAAGUUAGAAAUCUUGGAAGUUCUGACUUCAGUGGUUAUUCUGGAACUGCCAAAGACUCGUAUCUCGUGUGGGUUCAUUGGUUACACUUGUGUUCUUUUCCUUUGUUUGGGAUUAUAAUUACUUUGGCAUUGGUUUGUUUUGUUUUCUUAAGGUAACUGGGAUUGUAUUUUAGUGAGUGUCAUUGUGUUUUCUCUACCCAUAAGGUAACAAAUGGCUUGCCUCAAAAUGUAACUUGACUCUGAGCUCACCCACAUGAUCUCCCUCUUGUUCCCUAAAAUGAAUGCUCCAUAGUUGUAUUUUAAUUAUAUAUGUGAAAGAGUCAUAUUUUCCCAAAUUAUAUUUUCUAAAUAGGAAAAAUAGAUCAUAAUCUGACAAAGAAAAAGUUACUUACCCCAAUUCUAAAUGCUCAGUCCCCAAACCUUGGCAAAAUAGCUCUCCUUGGUGGAAAAUCUUAUACUAUAUUGCUCAACUUUAAUUAACGUGAUUGAUAACAACCACUUUAUUAAAACCAUAAGGGAUUAUUUUCCCCUUCAACAUGACCAUGUUAUUAACUGGAGAUGGUACGCCCUUGUUUUUAAUUAUAUCUAUUUUUCAAAUCUCCUGUUGUGUUUGAAAUAUCAUCUGGUUUUUGCCUUAAUUCCUUAACUUGUAAAUAUAUAUAUAUAUUUAUCUGUUCAGCUAAUAUUAAAUCCAGAUACUCCAUAACAAAAUUUAGUGCAAUAUCUUAUUUUGUCUUUUGUAUAGGUCAUAUGAAUUCAUAAAAUUAUUUCUGUCUCUGUUGCAGAAUAAAGAUUAUUAUAUGUUAGUG